AUGUACAACGGCCUCGAGGCCAUCAGCGUGAAGGGGACGGGCCUCAGCGGCUACGUGCAGCGCAGCAAGGCGGCCGUCUCGCAGCUGGCGAAGUUUACCCCGGCGGAGUACGCCGAUGACGCGCCGCCCGCCGCCGUCAACCCGCUCGAGGCGCUGCGCUCGGCGAAGGAGAACAGGGAGCUCGCCGCGCGGCUGCAGCGGCACGAGGCGCUGCGCAGCAUCCAGCUGAAGGUCUGCACGUACCGCGAGGAGCGCGCGGCCGGCGGGGUGGCCGUCGACGUCGUCGACCGCGAGUGCCGGACGCUGUACGACUCGCUGAUGCGCAACUACCUGGACGCGGAGGGAGAGGCGCGGCAGGCGGCGGCGGCGGCGGAGGCCCAAAAAACUGCUGAGCGGUUCGCCGCCGCGUUUCGCGUGAGGCCGGGGGCAGCCGGUGAGGCCUUCGACCGGGUGCAGCGCGAGGCGGAGCGACGCGCGGCGGAGGAGGAGCGUCGAAACGCGUUGGAGCAGAAGAUUGCGGAGCGCGUGAAGCGCGUCAAGGGGGAGACGGGGCGAGGUGGGCGCUGA